AUGGCUCCUUCACAGCAGCAUCCUUAUGUCCGCUCUGGGGAACAUCUGAAUGAAUUUCUACCUGCCUUCUGGCAACGGCAAAUUGAUGCGGCUGAGCAAGAGACCUCUGAUUAUAGGCAUCCAAUAUUGCCUCUCGCGCGGAUAAAGAAAGUAAUGAAGAGUGAUCCGGAUGUCAAGAUGAUUGCUGCUGAUGCCCCGAUCUUGUUCUGCAAGGCUUGUGAGAUAUUCAUCGAAGAAAUUACUGCGCGCGCGUUCAUUAUCGCGGAUUCCAACAAACGACGAACACUUUCGCGCUCAGAUAUUGCUGCAGCAUUGAGCAAGUCUGACCAGUUUGAUUUUCUUAUUGAUAUUGUUCCCCGAGAUUUACAGAGGAGUGGAGCUGGAGGACCUCGGAAGAAUGCUGGACCGAGUGGUCAUAUUGCCGCUGGUGCAGAAGGAGGAGCCGGAAUAUCCAGUAUUCAAGAUGUGCAAUCGUAUCGCGAUUCCGAUACCUCUGUAGCUGGGAAAUCGGAAAUUGUCGAUCAGCUAGAUUCUUUGCUCAAUGUUCAUUCAUCAACACCAGACUCAUCGACGACGUUUUCAUAG